AAGUUGCCCUCAGCGGUCACUGUCUGGGCCUUGGGGGAAAUAAAAUCUAUCCUUUCCUUCUUUAGUAUUCUCUUCUCCUUUCUUGACUUUUCCUCACUCCGUAUUUGUAUAUUUUACAUUUCAUCCCUCAUGACUUCUUCUCCUUCGGCUUCUUCACAUUCAUCUCGUCCAGAGAAGAAGACCACAGUCACUGUCCGUCGAGCCAUUGCUGAAGACAUCAGUCAAAUCGACCUCAUUCAUUCUGUCAUCAACCGCGCAUACAGAUCAGAGGGCGGAUGGACGACAGAGGCACAUUUGAUCCGUGACGAGCGUAUCCCGAUUGAUGAACUGAAAGAAGUCCUUGUUGAUAAGAUCAACCCAUUAUUUCUCGCUUUCGAUUCCGAAUCAGGUCAACCUCUCGGAACUAUUCAACUCGAAGCUGUGGAGCAUUUUCCUGAUUUUGGCGUGUACACCAAGGAUGGCUACGUGUCGCCCUAUACUGAAAGAUUACCCAAAGAACAACAAGUUUUCCUCGGACUUUUUUCUGUUGAUCCUACACAGCAAUCUCGAGGUAUCGGUCGAAAACUAGUCGAGACCUCAUUGAAAUAUGCAAAAGAGCAAAUGAAUCGUACCCAAUGUGUGGUAUAUGUUCUUUACAUGCGCGAGGAAUUGAUCAGGUGGUAUAAGAAGCUUGGGUUCGUGGAUUAUGGUGAGAGAGUCCCAUUCCCUGAUAAUAGCCGUACCAAGCAGGAGGACACGUAUUUUUCUGUGCUUCGCCUCGCUUUGUAAAGAUGACUUAAGGAGCAAUGUUGUUUGCAGGUCCUAUCGCUUUUGAAGAGAGAAUAAAUAUCCUAAGCGAGCUACAGUUAGAACUAAGUUUAGAAAAUAAAAAGAAAAAGACCUCUAAAGAC